CUCUGCAUUUUACCCCCCCCCCCCCUGCUGCUUUCAUUCAGAUUAUUUACCCAUCUCCUUCUCACUCCCUCUGCUCUGUCUUUCUCCUCCCUCUCAUCCUCGUCUUACUUGUCGCUGUUGCUCUAGCUGCCUCACCCUUACAUCCCUCCCUUCCUACCAACGCUCCCGCCCUCCUCCUCCUCCUUUUGGAGAUCUUCAAAGCUGCCCAGCACUUUUGCACAUAGCAUAACACACUGCUCUCCUGCGUGGGAAAAACAUGUCAGCUAUUCUGGACCUGGACCAGAUUGCAUGCUCUGGGAUUGGAGUGGAGCAUGACAUUGAGACUCCCCAUGGCGUUCUCCAUGUGACGAUGAGAGGCGUUCCCAAGGGCAAUAGACCCGUCAUCCUCACCUAUCACGACAUCGGCCUCAACCACAAGUCGUGCUUCAACACCCUGUUCAACUAUGAGGACAUGCAGGAGAUCACACAGCACUUUGCAGUGGUUCACGUUGAUGCACCCGGCCAGCAGGAGGCUGCACCUCCCUUCCCCAGCGGUUAUCGCUACCCAACCAUGGAGGAGUUGGCUGAAAUGCUGCCCUCUGUGAUGACUCAGCUCAAGGUCAGUAGCGUGAUCGGCAUCGGCGUGGGCGCAGGGGCGUACAUCCUCUCCCGCUUUGCACUGAACAACCCAACCCUGGUAGAGGGUCUGGUCCUGAUCAAUGUCGACCCCUGUGCUGAGGGCUGGAUCGACUGGGCAGCUUCAAAGCUGUCUGGAUGGACCAGUGAUUUGGUGGAUAUCAUCAUGUCUCACCACUUCAGCACUGAUGAGCUGACGGACAACCUGGAGCUGAUCCAGACCUAUCGCCUCCACAUCGCUCAAGACAUCAACCAGGACAACCUGGCCCUCUUCUGUGGCUCCUACCAAUACCGUCAGGACCUGGAGAUCGAGAGGCCAAUCGUAGGUCUGAAUGAGGACACAGUUAACACACUAACGUGCCCUGCGUUGCUGGUGGUUGGUGACACAUCACCUGCUGUCGAGGCUGUGGUGGAGUGUAAUUCCAGGUUAAAUCCAAGCAAGAGCACACUGCUAAAGAUGGCUGAUUGUGGAGGCUUGCCCCAAGUUGUGCAGCCAGGGAAACUUGCUGAGGCUUUCAAGUACUUUGUUCAGGGAAUGGGCUACAUUCCCUACGUUCUUCUCAGUCACCUGAGCAACGAAUCAGUGGCGUCAGCAGGAAUGACUCGUCUGGCUCGCUCGCGCACCGCCUCCUCCUCCAGCAUCACCUCCAUGGACAGCAGUCGCAGCCGCAACAACCUCAAUAGCCUGCUGGAGGGCAGCGCCACCGGGGGCCUGGACAACCAGGUCGGACCCCAGACCAUGGAGGUCUCCUGCUAAACCCUACCCCCACCCCACUGCACAUUCCCAUAGUAACUUAUGUGCCCUGUCCCCCUCUCUUUCUCUCUCUCCCUCUAUCUAUCUCUCUCACCAUGCUCCUCAGCAACUCAACGCCAGGAGAAUCUGUAAUGAACUAUGUGAUUAGAAAAGAGGAUGUAAUAAAUAUAUUAACAGAUGCAUAUUAUUAAAUAUGAAAUAUUUAAUACACUAUCAAAGUCACAUUCCUUCCAGAUACCAUAACUACAUUCAGCUGUGUUAUGUAUUCAGAUGGUCAACCCAUAUGAUUGACUCAACCCCUUGUAUUUUCUUUUUCACAUUGUCUUUGUUUUAAAUGUCUUCACACACCCUGUAGAAAUCCUCCAUGUGUUCAAAAUAACUUUUUUUUUAUUGCACGGUACAACACUUUUACUACUGUAACUGCUUUCUCCUGUUGUGAACUCUAAACUUUGCAUUGUUUUUGAUUCACUUUAUCUUUGUGUUUUUUUGCUGCAAUGUGAGGCUGAAUUAGUCACAAAGUAUACGGAGGGAUCACUAAACUGUAGCUAGAUACUUGGAAGAACUUGCAGACUGUAGCACACUUUCAGUAAAACUAAACUAAAGCUGGUGGAGUGAGCUGCUCCUUAAGAAAACAUUCCGUGUAGAGUAAGGGUCAUGUACCAGUGUUUCAACUCUCUCACUUCACACACAUUAUUUUGUAUUCUUUUUGUCAUUCGGUUCAUCUCCUUUUCGUUCAUCUUUGUUUUGAUGUUUUUGUUCAGUUGAGUAGAUUAUACAGUGAUGUUUUAACUAGUGGGUUCUGAUGUGAAAAGUAUUGAGUCCCUUCACUGAGGAGCCCAGUGGUGCUUCGCACUGUCUUUUGAUUCAACUCAUUUAUAUUACUACUGAAUAAAGCUACAAUAUGA